AUGUCUGAUAAUAUUCAGUGUUUAACUUGUAGUGAAGAAGAUGAAGAUUCUGAUUGUGGAAACACUAGUAGUGAAAUACAAGGCACUUUAAAUAAAUGGACAAAUUACAUUCACGGUUGGCAACCUAGAUUUAUUAUUUUAAAAAAUGGGACUUUAUCUUAUUAUAAAUCUGAAGAAGAUAGUGGUUUUGGUUGUCGAGGUUCUAUAAGUAUAUUUAAAGCUUUAAUUAAGCCCCACGAAUUUGAUGAAUGUCGUUUUGAUAUUAAUUUAAAUGACUGCACAUGGUACCUUCGGGCGGAUACACCAGAAGAUCGUAAACAUUGGAUAGACGUUCUUGAAAAUUAUAAAGCUGAGUCAGUGUUUGGCAGUGAAAUGAGUCUCAAACGUCACGGAAGUUCGGUUUCUCUACAGUCUACGACUUUAUCAUCAGCUUCUGCUUCUAGUUCUAAAAAAUGCAGAGGUCUUAAAGAAAAAUUAGCUGAAUUAGAUACUUUUCAAAAUAUAUUAUGCAGUCAAAUGGAUGUUUUACAAAAGUAUUUUGAUAAAUGUGCAGAAAUGUCUUCUGAUUCCUUAAUUAAUGGUCACAAAGAUAAUGUUAUCAAUGUAAAUGGAAGUAAAUUUGUUUAUGAAAUAAAUCCUGAUCAUGGAGUUCAUGCCAUAGACUUUAAAGGUGAAGCUAUUACUUUUAAAGCUACUACAUCAGCUGUACUUACUACCUUGCAACAUUGUUUAGAUCUAUUUACUCAAAAAGAAGAAGUAUGGAAAAAAAAAUUAGAUAAGGAAAUUGAAAAAAGGAAAAGGUUAGAAGAAUUAUAUAAUGCAGUUAAAGAUGAAAUGAGUUUUCAAAAAUCUAAAGUUGUUAUUCAAGGAGGACCCGAUCUUGAGGAAGGACCACAUAGCAAAUUAAAAGAUGAAGAAUUUUAUGAUGCAUUAGAAACCAGUUUAGAUAAAAUUCAAGAAGAUGAAGAGUUUAGAGAAAGGCUGAAAUCGAAACAAAUUUUAGUGCAUCAAUUGGGAAGUUCUCCCAAGCACAGCAGUUUGUGGCCAGAAAUUGAAAAAAUUUCAGCAGAACAAAUAAAAUAUGCUCUUCAAGAGGUAGGAAGUGGUAGCAAUUGGCACUUGUUUGCAGAAGAAGGAGAAAUGAAAUUGUACAAAAGGGAAGAAAUGGUGAAUGGAAUGGUUAUGGAUCCAUUAAAAGCUUGCCAUGUAGUCCAAGGAGUUACAGGUCAUGAAAUGUGUCAUUACUUUUUUAGUCCCGAUGUAAGAAUGGAAUGGGAAACUACUUUAGAUUCUAGUACUGUGAUAGAAGCACUAGAUAAAAACACUCUUAUUUUUUAUCAAGUUCACAAACGAAUAUGGCCAGCCUCUCAAAGAGAUGCUGUUUUUUGGUCUCAUAAAAAAUCCAUACCCAAUCAAACCGAUGCUGAAGGCCAAGAUAUUUGGACUGUGACAAAUCACUCUGUUGAUUUACAAGAAUUUCCUGCUAAUACUGGUAAGACGGUAAGAAUUUAUUUGACUGUUUGUUUGCUUUGCCAGACAUUUGUUGAUCCCCCCAAGACUGGCCUCAACAUAAGUAGAGAAAAUUUAAGGUGCAAAAUAACUUAUUGUUCUGUUAUUAACCCAGGUGGAUGGGCUCCGGCUGCUGCUCUUAGGCAAGUUUACAAAAGAGAAUAUCCGAAAUUUGUCAAAAGAUUUACUGCUUAUGUUGUUGAUAGAUGCAAAAGUAAACCUAUAAUGUUUUGA